AUGUCCAUCGGCGACGCCUGGAACAGCUUCAUGGGCAGCAUGAACAAAGAGCAAUCCUUCGCCCUCCUGGAUGCCUUCUUCGCCGCCGGCGGAAACUUCAUCGACACAGCAAACAACUACCAACUCGAACAGUCCGAGACCUGGAUCGGCGAAUGGAUGGAGUCGCGCGGCAACCGCGACCAGAUCGUCAUAGCCACCAAGUUCACCACCGACUACCGCGGCCACGCACUCGGCAAAGGAAAAACCCCCAACACCUGCGGCAACCACAAGCGCAGCAUGACGCUCAGCCUGCGCGACUCGCUCCGCAAAUUGCAGACCGACUUUGUGGACAUCCUCUACUUGCACUGGUGGGAUUACACCACCUCCAUCGAGGAGAUCAUGGACUCCCUGCACAUCCUGGUCGAGCAGGGCAAGGUCAUGUAUCUGGGCAUCUCAGACUCACCUGCGUGGGUGGUUUCCGCGGCGAACACCUAUGCACGCGCACACGGCAAGACACCCUUCUCCAUCUACCAGGGACGGUGGAAUGUGAUGCUGCGGGACUUUGAGCGCGAUAUUUUGCCCAUGGCGCGGCACUUCGGGAUGGCGCUUGCGCCGUGGGAUGUGCUCGGUGGCGGGCAUUUCCAGACGGCGAAGCAGCUCGAGGCGCGGAAGGAGGCCGGGGAGGGCCUGCGCAAGGUGAUGAGCUCUGAGCAGACUGAAGAGGAGAGGCGGAUGUCUGAGGCGUUGGCGGUCGUUGCGGCUGAGCAUGGGAUUGAGUCUGUUACUGCUAUUGCAUUGGCUUAUGUGCUUUGCAAGGCGCCGAAUGUCUUCCCGCUUGUUGGUGGUCGCAAGAUUGAGCAUCUGCAUGAUAAUAUCCAGGCUUUGUCGAUUCAGCUUACGCAGAAGCAGAUCGAGUUCUUGGAGGCGGCUAACGGCUUUGAUAUUGGCUUCCCUACCAACUUCAUUGGGGUUGAUCCGAAGACCAAUGGUGGCAAGACGUCUUUGCUGCUGGGCCCGUCUGGUCAUUUCGAUUUUGUGCAGGCACCUCGGGCUAUUGGGUAUGAGCCUUAG